GAUUUCUUGAUUCAACAAAGAAAGAAAGACCGACCAGGAAGCAUAGCAGACAUUGAUAAAAAAUUAUCACAAAAAGAAAAGCGCAAGUUAGAACUAUUGGAGAAACUUGAUAAGCGUAAACAGCAAUAUAUGCAAGAUUUAUGUGCAAGUGUUCCAGGUAAUAACAUAUAAGAAUCAAUGAUUGACGUCUCUUUAUUUGUUUCCAAUAAUCAUACAUGAAAGUAUAUUUUUCGAAUAGCAGCGACAGAUUCUAGACUCGAUAUUGAGCAUAGCAAUAAUAGUGAAGAUUUUAUGGAAUAUCCAUCGUCCUCGGAAGUAGCAAUAGAAGAAAAUAUUAUAAUUGGAAAAAUACAUUUCUUUGAUGAUAGAAUGCUUGCUUGCAUGGAUAAAUCUAAAAUUUCUACUAGAGAUGCGAUUCAUUUCAUAAGUGCAACAGCAGCUGCUUUAGGUCAUCGCGUAGAAGAUCUUGUUUUGAAUCGUACAACUGUCCACCUGAUAAGAAAAGAAUACCGACGCAGAAAAGCGCAUGAUAUUUUGAAGAAUUUCGAUAUCCCUCAAGUUUUUGUAUUCCAUUGGGAUGGAAAACUUCUACCAAAAAUGAAGGGUAAAAAAAAGGUUGAUCGACUUGCUCUUGUCGUCACAGGAGAAAAAACCGAAAAUAUACUUGGUAUUUCGAAACUAGAUAACAGCACUGGUAACAAAAUCGCACAUGCAAUUCAUCAAUUUUUAAUUACUUGGGAAUUAAACAACUUAGUUGAAUUUAUUUGCCUUGAUACAACAAGUUCUAAUACUGGUAUUCAAAAGGGUGCCGCCUUUUUGCUCGAGCAGAAAUUGGGGCGUGAAUUACUUUUUCUCCAUGCUGCCAUCAUAUCAACGAAAUAUUUCUAAAAGCUGUUUUUGAACUGAAUUUUGGUACCUCAUCGGCUCCAGAAAUUUAAAUUUUUAAGCGUUUUGCUGACGGCAAAAGAAUUAAACGCCAUACGCAAUAUUUGUAUUUUUCUAACUCGCUAUUACAUACAGUAUUGGUUAACAUGCCAGCACGCAAUUGAAGCGCCACGUAGGGAUUUACAACUAAUUAAAGAUGCAAUCCAGUAUUUUGAUAAACGAAUUUCAGCGGUUUUAUUAGAAAAAUUCAAAAAUCACUUGUGGUAUUUGUCAGAAGAAGCAGUUGGCUCAGCAUUUUUCGACUCUAAAGUUCCACUGGAUACUAAAGGAAAGAUGAUUAAGGCUUUGGAAAAAACUAAAGAUGACGAUAUUCCAUGUUCAAAAAUUCGAAACGACAAUCGAAGACAUAAUGAAGCUCGAAGAUAAGGAUCUCAGCUAUCUUGUUACUUGUAAGACGAAACGAUUUUUUCUUCGAUUGGAAAUUAGCUCCGAUUUUUUAAAGUACGAUCCGUCAUCAUGGGGUGAAAGAGGUGAUUAUUCUUCUGGCCUGCAAAUUUGUAAAAACCUGACAGUUGUAAACGAUCCAGCAGAAAGAGCUGUUAAGUUAAUCACUGACUUCAACCGAGCCUUAACAUAUGACGAAAAAGACAAACAGUAUUUAUAGCAAGUUGUUGAAUAUUAUCGACACAUGUAUCCAUCUCAUACUAAAUCGUCACUACUAAGCCGAAAACAUGAAAAAUUUUA